CUUUUUCAGACUGUCAUAGAUGCCAGGCAACAAUGAAAAAGGAACAUAACAACAAAAAGCCGGCGCAGCACUGUCGAGUAAAAAAAGCCAGGAAAACUUUCAUCCGUAAAGAAGCAGUUUGUUGCUUAUCAAGCAUCUGUUACUUGUAAUAGGGGCGUAAGUAAGCAAGGUUCAUGAAAAUAUCUCCUUUUGGAUUCCUACGAACGCAAAAUCGUAAAUCAACGAUAAUGGCCGUAACUGGAAAGCAGAAAAUUGGUAUCAUUCUUGUUAUUGUUGUUGCUGUUGCUGUUUGUGUUGCUCUGAUCUGUUCCGUGUAUUCAGAUCUUGAAUAUUACGAGAUGGGAUUUGUGAAAGACCGGUUCACGGGAAAAGUUGACAGAAGCAAGGUAUAUUUGGGUGGCCGCCAUUACAUUGGGAUCGGCAAGCUAUUCAAGAAAUUUCCAAAGAAUAUGCAGAUCUUGGACUUCAACCUGAGUGUUUUUAAUGCAGAAAAACUGGAGGUAUUUAUUUCUGGUGUCAUUCUGUAUGAGCUGAACAAGGACGAGCUGAAACACCUUCACGAUGCCUAUGAUCUUGGCUACAAACCUAUUGUUGAUAAGAUAGCCUUAGAAGCGGUGAAAAACGCUGCCCCAGUGUUUACAGUUCAAGAGUACCGUCUACAAAGAAGCAAAGUAGAGGCAGAGUUAUACGGAUCUGUGAAAAGGACGUUGCUAGGAACGUGCUGCCCGAAGUACAACGGAACAUUCGCUGCUGUUCCUGGAUGCAAAAAGUACGAAACAUGCAAUAUGGCAGAGAAGGGAAUGUUCUGCAUAGUAAAGAACUUCCAGCUCGAAGUUGUUAAAAUAACAAAAGACCAAGAAGACCGUUACCUGAGAAACGUGCUGGAACAAGAGAAGUUGCAAACAGAGCAGUACAAGCAACAAGAAAAGAUGGAGAGAAAGGUGACAGAGCAGUUGAAGACAAAAAUCUCAAACGAGGCCAACGAAGUAGCACAAAAAGCCAGCGCACAGUCUGCCUACAUCAAAGCCGCUGCACAGGCAUCUGCCAAAGCGAUCAAAGAAAACGCGCGGAAUUCUGGUCUACAGCUGAUUUACACAACGCUGAACAUCACCAACGAGACUAACAAAAAGUCACUUGAUUAUUUGAGAACAUUGCUCAAUCACAAAACAGGGAUGUUUUAUGUUGGAUUUUCAACUCUUAUUGGAAGGGAAGGAAAUACGUAGGGUAUCACAUGACAACGGAGCCAGUCAUGUUUGCAACUGUCCAGAGUUAAAAAUUGGUUAAAUAAAAAACUCUUCGUUUUCGUUAGCUUCAGCCCAGCUUCAUUCCAUCCCUAGUCGAUUUGUAUGAUAUUUUAAGGAAAAAAUGCAAGAAUUUACACGUGUUAAAAGUGUUCGGAUCUAGAACCUAGUGGUCCUUUGAAAUCGAUCUUCGUAUCUACUCUCUGAAAAGAUCGCUCUGAAUACGUGUAAAUUACGUAAUUGAUGUAUAACCUUAUUAUUUUGAAAUCUUCAAAUCAAUUUUAGACCGAGGAAACCAGCAGGAAGUUGUAUCAAAUGAGACCGGCCGCUUGCUUUUUUUCAACUCUGGUAACCAAUUGGCCCGUAAAUAAAUGAUUUCAAGUGGAAUGUAGUGUUAAGCUUAUAGAAUGAGAUGCAUUCAAAGCAAGGGUUUAAACCCAUUAUAAUUACAUGUAUGCAGGUAUCGUCUUAAUAUGAAGCGAGAACUUUUGGGUGUAUCAGCGAACAGCUCUAGAUUUUAUUGGAAAUAAACUUUAACCUGAUUUAUUUUCGGUCGGAAUUUCAUUUUGAGCCAUGUAUAAAUUUUUCUGUGGGCUUGAUAUAUUUACCUCCCUGUAUCCUUGCACGUUCAAUAUCACCCCAUAAAUUCGUAAGCGCUACAAGUCCACGGGCUGUUAAAGCAUCUAAUCAUUGCUUGUCAACGAAUAAUCAAAUUAUGUUUUAUAUAUAUAUAUAUGUUAUAUAUAUAUAUGUUUUAUGUAAAAAAGGUUUAUAUAUGUUUUAUGUGUUAUUUGUUUAUAUAUAUACCUACUUAUAAACUAUUAAUCUACCUGGAGGCAUCUAUUCUAUAAUCUAUAUAUAAACCUUUUCGUCUUUUAUUUCACGCUAGACCGUACUCAGUAAAGUAAACAUUUGUUUCAUAAGUAACAAGGUUUUAUAACUUGUAAAUUUAUUCGGCCUGUUGACUCUGUCAGAGGUCUAUAUUGGUUGAAGAAAACUGCAUAACUAUUUCCUCUUUAACUUGGUUUGGUUCAAUUGAUCCUUUUUCCUAGGUUGGUUCAUCUGUGGCUCAUUAUAGGGAAGAUUUCCAUAGUUUCAAUAUUAGCCACAUAUUUAAUUUUGCUUAAAGAGCGGAAAUCAAAAUAAGACGGACAGUAAAUCGAGAAACGAAAUGUGAAACACUUACAAAGGACUCCUUCUAAAGCAGAUAAAUCUAAACCGGACAGCUAAUAAAUCAAUUUUUGACAUAUGAUACUAAAUCAUAAUUAAUCAAUGUAAAGUCUUGAUUUUUGAUCUUUAUUUCCAUCACAUGUCAUAUUUCCUUCAUAAACCACAUGCAUUUCAUUUUUGAUUAUUGGAUCCUAAAUGUCCAUGUAGGCAGGACAAGCUCGAACAAAAGAAUAAAUUGUAUUUAAUGCUCACUAUAAAUCACUCUUUGUCGUUCCAAUCCCAACCCCAGGUUCCUCCAGCGUACUUUAGGUUUCCUAACUUACGUAUAGUGGACACUUUUUUGGAACGAAUGGUGGCCGCUUUAUAGAGAUUUUACUGUACCUUGUUUCUGGUUCUGUUUGGUUCUUAGAAUCUACAUUAGUACAUAGUAGUGGAUUUGAUUUAUAUUGGAACAUAUUUUCUUUUUUGACUAUUUGAAAAAAGACAGUAUAUAUGUUCAAAUGGCAAAACCUAUAAGACAUGGUUUUGUUGGCUAUCAAGGAAUGAAGACAAAAUAGCACUUCCAAUGAAAAGCAGUUUUAAAUACAAAUAUUAGAA